AUGGAAAAUAAUUCAUCACAUUCAUCACCCGAAACAGAAAACUCACAAGAAGUCGACGUUUAUCCAUUCAUUAUAGAAAGUAACACUCCCGUGCAUACACUUAACUUAACCUUACAACCUCAACCAGACGAAUCAGUGAUAUCUACUCAAGCCUCUGAACCUCAAAAAAACCAAGCAAUAGAAAAUAAUGACGCGAAAAAAAUCCAGGAACUGUUUAGAAUAGCAAUAGACAAAUUGCGGAAUCGCUGCUUGGGGAAAGCGGAUUCGGCGAUAUACCGAGAAGUCGACACGGUUCAACCAGAAUCGUCUCUUCCAGAGUGA